GGAGUUUGAUCGAUAAAAGUCAAACGACGGAGUUAGGAGAGCCCAAAGUUGGGGCUAAUCAGUAUCAGAACGGUGUAAAUAGUUAGUUGGUAGUCAGUGGCAGAGUGCCACGUAGUGAGAACGGUCGAGGAGCUAUCGGCAUGGAGGAGCUGCAGGAUGCUAGCAUCCACCACAUGACCGCAAAGGUAAUCGCGGCCAUCAAGAACACGAAGAGCUAUGAGCCCAUCUACAAGGAGCUGCAGAAACUGGUCUGCAAUCCCACCGUGGAUACCCACGAUAUGCGCAACACCCUCGAGGAUGCUAUCAAAAGCGCCGGACUGGAGACGGAGAUCCGGAACAUUGUCUUCAACUUGGUCCGGACGCGACUGUCCAAAACGGAUGACAAAAACCUGGCCAAUAAACAAGGAGCGAAACCCACCGUUAGUGAUCCACUUGGUUAUCUGAAAAGAGCUGGUGUUCUUUGGGAUCGAAGGGUUAGGAAAAGUUUGAAUGCCAUGUGCACAGAGCUGAAGGUUCCAUUGCAUGGUCAGCCAAGGAUCAGUGCUGAUCGCGAGGACUUUAUGGCCAAGUGGAACGAACUGAGCAACUACAAUAUGGAUCUGGCCAACUAUAGGCCUGUUUACGCUCCCAAGGAUUUACUGGAGGUGCUGCUCUCGCUAAAAGGACCGGCCAAAACCACGGAAAAUACGGAUCAAAUACCACAAUGGGAGUUCUCCCACAUUGCACUUCCGGUGAAAAAUCUGUUCGAGCUGCGUGCCCACUAUGCGGACCUGCUCCGAAGUGAUAGCUACCUGGGAGUGCCGGAUCUAACGAUUCAGUGCCAGAGGAUUCUGGAGGGCAGGCAUGCGCCCAUGUGCCAGCAGUUCCUAAAGAAGGGCUGCACUCCCGCACCUUACAGAGGAGCUCUGUGGGCUUCUGUGCUGGACAGCAAGCUGCAUGACUAUGAUAUUGAGUACUGGCAAAAGCUGCGCAAUGCCGUCUGGACCACGGAUCACAUCGUGGACAAACUGGUCUUCAAGGACAUUCAAUUGACGGCCUCCAACGACGACCAGUACUUUGUGUUCGAGGACGUGCUCUACCAGGUGCUGCUCUGCUUCUCCCGGGACACGGACAUCGGUGGAUGUGUGGAGUACGAGGCGUUUCCGGUAAAGGGCAAGACAUACGAAGGUCCGCCAUCGGGCGUGGUGCCCUUCCACGGCAUCUGCAUGUUUGCCGCACCCUUCUGUUACCUGUAUGACUCGCCGGUCAAUCUGUACUAUACAUUCCGGGCCUUCUACAUCCGCUACUGCCAUCGCUUGACCACCAUCAACACGCAUCCGCAGGGGAUUGUGAGUCUGUGCCUGCUCUUCGAGAAGCUGCUGCAGACCUACGAGCCGCAAUUGUGGUCCCAUUUUCGGGAGCUCCAGAUACAGCCCCUGCGGGUCGUCUUCAAAUGGCUUAUGCGAGCGUUUUCCGGACAUUUGCCACCCGAUCAAUUGCUGGUCCUCUGGGAUCUGAUCCUCGGCUUUGAUAGCUUGGAGAUCCUUCCGCUAUUCGCCAUCAUCAUUCUCAGCUUUAGAAAGGAGAGCAUCAUGCAGGUGGCCUCGUUGGACAGCAUCGAAGCGAUUCUGGCGGACUUGUCCUCCAUCAAGGUGCUGCCCCUAGUGCAACUAGCCCUAAGUCGGGACUGAGAGUGUGGUUUUUAGUUACAAAAUUAAAGUAUUAUCGGUGUUUUGAAAUAUACUAUGUAUGCAACUGUAUCUAAACUAUAUCUAAUAUAUAAUGUAUUAAUGUUGAAUAA